AUGUUCAAAGGAGGUCCGAAUAAUGAGCGAUCACAAAGAUCAGUUUUCGGUAGGUUUAUGAAUUAUCCUAUUUCAAAAAAAUGUUUAUUUUUCAGUUGGAAAUAUAUCGUAUGAUAUCAGCGAUGAAAACUUACGAGCAAUUUUUUCAAAAGUUGGGCCGGUUUUAUCGAUAAAAAUGGUGCAUGAUAGAGAAUCUGGAAAGCCAAAGGGAUAUGGAUUUAUCGAAUAUCCGGAUAUUCAAACUGCUGAAAGUGCGAUUAGAAAUUUGAAUGGGUAUGUUUUGCAGAGUUCAAGGUUUUCUAUUUAGUUAUUUUGGAUCAAUAAAAAUAACUAUUUUCUUGAUCUAUUUUACCAGUAAAGAUUAGGAAAGCUUAAUUCUAAAUUUAAUUUGAAAUAAUUAUAUUUGCAUUGUAGUUAUCGAUUUUUUAAAAAGUUUAACCAAAUCUCCGCUCGGCUAUGAUUCAAAUUAUUCAAAAAAUUAUAUAAUUUUCAGUCACGAACUUGGCGGUCGUCCAUUACGAGUUGACAGUGCAGCCGGAGGAAAUAAUGCAACAAUGGAGGAAUUCAACAGCUUACAUGUGAGUUUAUCACAUCCUUACAAGAAUAAUCAACAGUAUCCUUUCAGUCAGCACCUGCAUUACAAGAAGAGAAUCCAUAUGGAUCAGAAGUCGACCCAUCAAAGGCACCAGAGGUAAAUAUGCACUUAUCAAAAAACUAGACGAAAACGUAAAUAUUUCAGGUGAUUGCGAAAUGUGUAACUUCUUUGGCCCCGGAGAAAAUGUUUGAAUUGAUGAAACAAAUGAAAGAUGUAAGUUUCUGGAGCUUCUGAAGAAGAAUAAAAUAGUUCAUUCAAAUUUUUACAGGUUGUGCGUUCCAAUCCAAACGAGAUCAAAACAAUGUUGACAACAAACCCACAACUUGCAUAUGCUCUUCUUCAAGCUCAAGUUGUUAUGAGAAUUGUUGAUCCACAAGUUGCAAUGGCAAUGUUACAUAGAGAAACACCGACUCUUAUCAAACCAUUCCAUCAAAUUCCACCUCAACAACAACAGCAAAAUCUUCCACCAAUGGGAAUGCCGCCACCACAGCAGCAGCAACAACAACCACCACCCUUCAAUAUUCCACGUAAGUUUAUUGAUUUUUUUUUGAAUAGAAAAUAAUUCUAGGAUUCAAAAACGUGUAAAAUUUAGGUGGUAUAAAUGAGAACACUCUUGGUAUCUGCCUUUUUAAUAAAAUCCCGAAUGGGUGGUGCCUCGAUGGAAUCAGAAUUUUUCAAUGGGAUCCCCCCUGUUCUCAUUUUUGAAAUGUCGCAAUUUACGACAUUUUUGUUUUUCCCGAUUUUUUUCCGAAAGUCUUCGCGAAAUUGAUUGCAAAGUGCAAUUCAUCUCGUGAGAAUUUAUUGAGUACUGUGUAAAGAAAAUGCUUUUUUAUCAACUAUUUUUUGGGUCAAAAUUUGUAAAACUGGAAGAGCUUCCAAAUUUACAAAUUUUGACUCAAAAAUCUCUAUAAGCAAACAUAUUUUAUCCCCCUUUCAGAAUAUCGAGAAAACUGAAGUUCAAUCUUACUAUUUCCAGCAAGUACAUCAAUUCCACCUCAACAAAUGCAACAUAAACCACCUGGUUAUGGACAAUAUCAAGGUCCACCACCACAUGCUCAACAACAAUUGCAUGCUCCUCCGCCACAACAUAUGCAAAUGGCUCCACCGUCACAACAAUUUGCUCCGCCAGCACAGCAAAUGAAAAAACCUGCGCCACAACAACAACAGCCAGAUAUAACACCAGAAGAGCAGCAAAAUGCCGAAUUAUUGAUGCAAGUAAUGCAAUUGAGUGAAGAAGAUCUGAAAAUGUUGCCGGCCGGCGAUCGCGAGAAAAUCAUCGAACUCCGUCAACAACUUAAAAGAAAUGUCAAGUAA